GAUAUAAAUAUUGGUCCAGUGCUUGUACGCAAAGCAUCGUUUCGAGUGGCAAAUUAAAAGCGCAAAAGUAGGGUUCCAUCCCAAGGAGAGAAUAUUGGAGAAGAAAAAAAUGGUUCAACAAGAAAUGCGAAAAGGUCCAUGGACGGAACAGGAGGACAUAAAACUGGUGUCCUUUGUGGGCUUGUUUGGAGAACGAAGAUGGGAUUUUAUUGCGAAGGUUUCAGGUUUGCAUAGAACUGGUAAGAGUUGCAGGUUACGUUGGGUUAAUUACCUUCAUCCUGGUCUCAAACGGGGCAAGAUGACACCCCAAGAAGAGCGUCUCGUCCUGGAGCUUCACUCUAAGUGGGGAAAUAGAUGGUCAAGAAUUGCUCGCAAAUUACCAGGACGCACGGAUAAUGAGAUUAAGAAUUACUGGAGGACUCACAUGAGGAAGAUGGCUCAGGAGAAAAAGCGAGCAGCGGCGGCCGCCUCAUCGCCUUCGUCAUCAUCAGCAUCCUCCAAGAGCAGUACCGGAGAAGGAAGCUCUUAUGAUACAGGAGAUCCUACUAAUAACGUGAUAUCUUCCACAGAGAUACAGAUCACAGGCGAAGACCGAGCCCGUGAAGAAGAAGGGUACUCUAUGGAUGAUAUUUGGAAAGAUAUUGCAGUGUCAGAAGAGAAUAAGAGUGAAGACGGCUGCAACUUCUCUUGUACUCCUUCAUGGGAGUACUCUACUUCGGAUUCGCUAUGGGUUAUGGACGAAGAGGAAAGUAAGAUUUUGAACCCAUUUUUUCCCUAUUACGAACAAGGGAUGCCAUUUCUUUAACACGCUGAAUCCAAUUCUUUUUAGUCAGUGAUUUGUUCAUAUGUUCAUAUGUAUGUUAUAUUACGCGUAUCAUCAUGUGUGGGUCCUGAGCAAGUCUAACCAGCAUAUAUAGAGAGUGUUAAUUAGGGUAUAUGGUCUCUUUAAGCUUUUAGUGUAUUAUUCUCCCAUGCAAGUGUGACACAGCUGUAAAUUAAACAUCCCACAGUGCCUUUACUUUCCGCCCAAAAUGAUGAAAUCUCCUCAACACUGUAUGUUUUCAAUGUAAAAUAUCAGGCAUCCUCUUCGGUCAAGCA